AUGUUGCUUGCAUGCCUGGACAAUUCCUGUAAAAUCCUCAAACAGAAACUGCAGUACAGCAUGAAAGCAACAGUUGUGGCCAAAGAAAAGGGAGGAACAGUGGGACAGCGACCAAAAACACUUAAUACAGAUAGUAGCUUCAUUGAAGAAAUGGCAAAUACAGGAACAGUUUACUUGAGGAAAAAAGUCAACCUUCUGGGAUCAUUGUGCCUUAUUGUGGGCUCAAUAGUAGGAAGUGGGAUUUUUAUUGCUCCCAAAGGUGUCCUGAAAAACUCUGGCAGUGUGGGCAUGUCUCUUAUCAUCUGGUUGGCCACGGGAAUUUUCUCUACUUUUGGAGCACUCUGCUAUGCUGAGUUAGGCACAAGCAUUAAGAAGUCCGGUGGGCAUUACAUUUAUCUUUUGGAAACCUUGGGACCCUUGCCAGCAUUUCUUCGUCUCUGGGUAGAGUUUAUCAUAAUUCGGCCUGCUGCAUCAUCUGUAGUGGCUUUGGCAUUUGGCCGGUACAUUCUUGAACCUUUCUUCAGCCCAUGUCCAGCACCCGAAGUACUUGUUAAAAUGGUCAGCAUAAUGGGAGUCUCAUUUGUUGUGGCUGUGAACUGCUGGAGUGUGAACUGGACCACACGAUUGCAGAUAACACUUACCAUUGUCAAGAUGGGGGCUUUGGUUUUAAUUAUUGUGACAGGACUCAUACAGCUAUCUUCAGGACAAACUGAAAAUUUCCACAAAGCUUUUGACACCAGUUCUUUGACAAUGGACAAGUUACCGUUGGCUUUUUAUGCAGGAUUAUAUGCCUAUGCAGGAUGGUUUGUUUUGAAUUUUGUCACAGAAGAAAUCAUCAGUUCCGAAAGAAACAUGCCUUUGUCAAUCAUAUUAUCCAUGGUAAUAGUGACAGUUGCUUAUCUUCUGACGAACAUUUCUUAUUAUACUGUGAUGACAUCUCAGGAUGUUCUGGAAUCCAAUGCUGUGGCUAUGACCUAUGCUGACAGAGCACUCCAAGGCUUCUCCUCUGUCAUUCCCAUCCUUGUUGCUGCUUCCUGUUUGGGAUCUUUGAUGGGAGGCUGGUUCACUACUCCUAGGAUGCUGUUUUCUGGCUCCAGAGAAGGACACUUACCUAUUCUCAUCGCUAUGAUUCACGUUCGAAGGCACACGCCUCUGCCAGCAGUACUUGUAUUGUACCCUAUCAUGGUCUUCAUGAUCUUGGCUGGUGAACUCUUUGGACUGAUACAUUUUUACAGUUUUCCUCGUUGGCUGUUUAUUGGCCUGACUACUAUGGGCCUUAUGAUCCAUCGAUAUCAGAAUCCAGAUCUUCCACGGCCUUUUAAGGUAUAUCUAUUCGUCCCUGCUGUUUUCACAGUUGUGUGCUUUUUCAUUGUGGGAAUGUCCCUCUACUCUGAUUCAGUCAACACAGGCAUCAGUUUUGCCCUCACACUGACUGGUUUCCCAGUUUAUUUCCUUCUGGUUCAAAAUCAGAGACUGCCCUUAUGCUUCAUCAGAGCUUUUUACACCCUUACUAUGAAGCUGCAGAUUCUCUUGGAAGUGGUGCCACAGGAGGUGCAGACCUACUAA